AACCCUUGGUCAUUUCCACACCUUUUUAUUGUUCAAUUCAUGCCGCCCAUUUGUCCAAAGAGGAAAAGUGACUGCUUCAAGCGUUUGAUAAGUUUGAGGAAAAAAAAAAUUUGAAGUUGACUUGGAAUCACAACAAUGCGUAGCUUGGAACUACUGGGACACAGGUUAUUCAAGGUAGCAAAUCAAGAGAUAAAGGAACGCUCUUUUCUCGCGAUAGAUCCGGAAUCAAAUACAGUUUAUAUUGCACAUGUCGACAACAAUUCACAUGUUAUAGUGUCAGCCAACAAUUCCGUUCCCGGUGACCCGAAUACGUUUGUUCAAAUUGGAAGCUGUCUAACGCAAGGAAUUGUCAACUUUACCUACCUGACGGAUCUUCAAGCUGCUUGUCUCAGUACUUAUGAUGGUGAUAUCAUACUCUUUAACAAAGAACGCUUCGAAAAAGGAGAGGAAGCUAUGGAAGUAGUCGGGUCUGUAGAUUCUGGUAUUCAUGCAUUAUGCUGGAGUCCCGAUCAAGACUUGGUUGUACUUGUUACAGGGGAGAAAAAUGUACUUGAAAUGACUCAAGACUUUGAUACCAUCACAGAAUUUCAGCUACAUGUGGAGGAACAAGGAGAAGGAGUACACCACAGUGUUGGAUGGGGCAAAAAGGAAACACAGUUUCAUGGAUCUGCUGGAAAAGCUGCUGCUCAACAAAAGGUAGAUACAAGCAAAUUCACUAUAUCUGAAGAUGAUGAUAUGAAGCCACGAGUAGCUUGGAGAGGAGAUGGAAGCUUUUUCACCAUUUCUGAUGUGGAUCCAAACAAGAAUGCCCGUGUGAUUCGUGUGUAUAAUCGUGAAGGCGUCUUACAAAACACAAGUGAGCCAGUCGAUAAGUUGGAGCAGGCAUUAGAUUGGAGACCUUCAGGAAACUUGAUUGUAUCUACUCAACAAUUACCACAUAGACAUGACGUUGUAUUCUUUGAGCGAAACGGCUUGAGACAUGGUGAGUUUACAUUAAGAGAGACCGAGCAAAAUAAACAAAGGGUCUUGGAAACCUUGUGGAAUGCAGACUCUACUAUUUUGGCUAUUUGGAUUGAAACAAAGAUUGCAGGAAAAUUACAGAAAACAGUUCAGCUGUGGACAACCAAAAAUUAUUAUUGGUAUAUGAAACAGCAUAUUGUACUUUCCGAAGGCAGAGAUGUUGUUGGAUUUGCUUGGGAUGUAGAAAAUGCCAUGAUUGCUCAUUUGUUUAGCAGCGCAGGAGAAUAUCAUCGUCUCAACUAUACGUUAGAAGUAUUUACCAGCACGUCAAUUGAUCACGUCAACUCUGGAUAUGUUGCUGUCAUCGAUGGCUCCAACCUAUUAGUAACACCCUUUGUCUAUCAGAACGUCCCACCACCCAUGUCUUCUCUUACAUUCACUGCCAAAAGUGAUAUUCAACAAGUUACAUUUGGCUAUGAUGACGCAGGAUUAAAGGUCGCUGUUGUCACCAAUGAUAGCAUCCAACUAGUUGAACUUCCAGCAAAGGGUCUUGGUGAUGUAACCAUUUUGAGUGAAUAUGACUUACCUGCAAUCACUGAAUCAAAUAGAAGUUAUGGUCGCAAUAUCAUUCAUCAAUUGCGUUGGAUCAAUGAAAAUCAGCUUGUCUAUUGUCAAUAUGACGAUGAAUUGGAAACGGAUAUGUUGUGUGUAAUGACAUUUAAAACUAAUGAACAUGAUAUUCCUACUGUUAAGGCUAUCCCGAUGACGUCUCAAAUUGAGCGUAUCUACUUUAAUGCUACCUACAAGGACCUGCUAUUAGAAGAUGUCGAAGGCUCUGUUUACGAAGCUUCUGAACUCAACCAAGAGACACCAACUGUUACCAAGAUCCACAGCUUCCCUGACUUUUGCUCAUGGAUUGCAUCUAGUAGAGCUAGUUUGACAAACGAGCAAGACAAGCGUGUCAUUAUCGGCUUGACCGAUCGCAGCAAGCUAUAUGUUGAAAACAACCUUGUAUCUUCUGAAGCAACUUCGCUCUUUGUACGCGGCAACUGGGUAGUGUUCUCAACAACAAGCAACAAAGCCAGAUUCCUCUCUUUUGAAAAUGUAAAUAUUGAAGAUCUGAAACUUCACGAUUCUACUGCUGAUCCGUAUGACGAAACCUCACGAAGACUUGAGCGUGGAUCUAAGAUUGUGCUUGCUACUCAGCAAAAGCCUAAUCUCGUUCUUCAGAUGCCUCGUGGUAAUCUCGAAACAAUUAGCCCUAGAGCGUUUGUGCUUGCUGCCAUUCGUGAAGAUUUAAAGGCACUUGAUUAUCGUUCUGCAUUUAUUGCUUGUAGAAGAAACAGAAUUGACCUGAACAUCUUGUACGAUGACAACCCAGAGCGCUUCAUGGAAAAUAUUGGCACCUUUGUUCAACAAGUAGCUGAUGUUGAUUACCUUAACCUAUUCUUGUCUAACCUUAGAAACGAAGAUACUUCCGUGACCAUGUAUCGACGUGGUGGCAAAUCUGCUGAAGAUCUGACGGCUGCUAAAGGCGUAGAAAACAAGGUCAAUACGAUCUGUGAAGCUAUACGUAAUGUUCUUGUUCAACUUGGACGUGAGCACUAUAUUCAAUCCAUCAUUUCAACCUAUGUAAGAAGCUCACCUCCAGAUAUCGAAUCUGCCUUGUCCUUACUGUCCGAACUCCGUGAAUCUGAUCUAUCUGCAGCUGAAGAGGCAUUAAAGUACACUAUCUUUUUGUGUAAGGCCGAGCAUUUAUACAAGGUUGCUUUGGGAAUGUACAACUUUCCUCUUGUUCUCAUGGUUGCACAGCAAGCUCAAAUGGAUCCAAAGGAAUAUCUUCCUUUCUUACAAGAGCUCAAGAGCCUUGAAAAAUAUUAUCAAAGAUACAGGAUUGAUGACCAUUUGAAGCGUUAUGAGAAGGCUAUUCGAAACUUGAGCCAAGCUGGUGACGAACACUUUGAAGAACUCAUGAACUACAUGAAGAAGCAUGACCUGUAUUUGAUAGCAAUUGAAGAAUAUGCUAAUAGACUAUCUCAGAAGACAGCUAUUCUUAAUGCCUAUGGUGACCAUUUAUCGUUCAAGACCAACUAUGAAGAAGCGGGCAUUGUAUAUAUGAUGGCUGACAAUAAGACAAAGGCAAUGGAAUCCUAUCGUAUGGCAGGUUGCUGGAGAGAGGCAUUCUCUAUUGCUAAACAAUUGAAAUACACAAAUGAAGAGAUCCAUGCACUAGCUUAUGACAUGAUUGAGUAUCUCAAAGAGAAACGUCGAUACCAAGAAGCUGCCGCUGUUGCCAAAGAUUAUGCUAUGGAUAUUGAAGAAGCAGUUGAUUGUUUCUUGAAGGGCGGUUUCUGGAAGGAAGCUGAACGAGUGUCUUAUACCUUUAACAGAUCUGAUUUGAUUGAAACACAUGUCAAAUCUGGAUUGGUCGAAGGCCUUACGCAAACUGAGGAAGACAUUGAUGAAAUGCUGGCUCAAUUCCACAAGCAAACGACUCGUUUAACUGAACUUCGUACCAAGAAAAUCGAGCAGAAGAUAGAAAAUCCUAUGGCCAACGAUGAAUCACUAGAUAACAUUGAUAUGUUCUCCGAUACCACAUCGAUGUACAGUCAAUUUACAAGAUAUACAAAUGCUUCAUCCAGAGUUUCGUCUGUUACUUCUCAAGGUUCAGGACGUAGUAGAAAGACGUCUAAGCUUAGAAGAAAGGAAGAAAGAAAGAGAGCACGUGGUAAGAAGGGAACAGUAUUUGAAGAAGAAUAUCUUGUUGGCUCCUUGAAGAAGCUAUAUGAAAAAGCAAGCAACAUGCAGAAUGACAUUGGUAAUUUAUUACGUGCACUUGUACCAUUUGGAUAUGUUGAUGAAGCAAGGUCUAUUCAAGAAAAGUUUGAAAAGUUCUUAAAUGAACUCAAAGGCUCUAUGGAAACCAUUUUUGUUCCACUUCAGCUUGCUGUCAGUUUGUACGCCUCACCUGAAGAAUAUGAAGAAGCCAGAAAAGAACCAUUGAAGCCUGUUGAAAAGCCAGUGAUGGCCAAAGUAGAAUGGGAGCUUCAAAUAUUGUAAAGAUUAAUUUAUCGUAAUAAUAAUAACUGUAUUGUUUUAUAAAGUAAAUAAAUAAACAAGUGGAUAGAGUUUGUUAUAAAAGCACUGAAGGUGAUACACCGUACGUC